AUGUCCUCCCUUACAGCCAGUGUCGACGUGACUUUCGAGCCGUUGAAGCCUCUUCAUCCUGCAGUGAAGGAUGCUACUACUCCACGUGCCAGUCGCUUCCGUCCGCAAACACCCACUCCGUCUACUCCCGAGUUGUGCUGGGAUGAUACUCCAGCAUUGUCUACGAUAGUUACACCAGGGGAUGAAUAUGAUUCAGAUGGCGGAGUGCCUGUUGACAUCUCGCCAUCAGUCGCUCGCAGAAACCGUUCCAAACUGAGAGCAGUCCUCGAUCUUGACGUUUACCCCUCCAAGGAAUUCCGCACCACUCGCAUCUUUGACGAUAAUCCUCUUCCUAUCACGGGCAUCACAGCUCUGAUCGAGGACUCCAGCCCUUCGGCGCGUACCGAGACAGUGUCUUUGCACCAGCUGCAAGAUCAGGGGCGCUCAGAAGACGUUGAUGAUGGGCCCCUACCAGAAGAAGAAUCUACUCGUAUGGAUGAAACAUCGUUCAUUCAAACUGCAUCAACAAGCCAGGAGAAUGCUGUCAAGCCUGAGGAGAAGAGCCAUACAUCAGAUCAUCAGAUUAGCAAUGAACCAGACCAUAUUAUCUCUUCCAAAGAUAGUUGUGAGGAUGAAGUCUCAUCUGUCAUAUUUGAGUUUGACCACAAAAUUCCGAGCGAGACCACAUCAGCUGAGAUUGCUGUCUCCAAGUUGGAUGUUGACUCCACUUUAUCUGAUGUUGAAGCUUCCUGUACCCCCACAGCCACAGAUACUAGCGAAGAGCUUGCCGUGAUAUGGGGACCGAGCCAAGCUCUCUGUCGAGCUCUUCCAUGUGAUUUUGUUGAGAGGCUACGUGCUGAACCAAUUUACUGCAUUUCCACAACGACAAGGAACAAGAGGUGCAGGAACAAGAACGGAGCGAAGUUGACCAUGGAAAAGGUCAACACUUUGCUGAGUGAACUGCUCGGAUCCUCCCUUUUAAAGGAGGCUUCUAGUACAAUACAAUUGGUUGAGGACCUAGCAAUUCAAGCGAUGUGCAAGAACGUCCACUUAAGGGUGGUCGAGGCCGAGCUGGCCGUGCUUAAAGAAUACUCAAAGGUCAGGGACACAGAAGAAAAUCCCGAGAACGCAUCCGAAGCUGCAGAGGGAAAGAGUGUUUCCGAUCAUAGUUCUUUGGCUCAAUGGCUGCAAGGGCUUCUUCAGGCGCACAUACCUGAAGUUCAGCAACAAAGCAGUACUGAAUUGAAAGUAACCGCUGAAAUGUCUGCGAUUCUCACGAAACCUGAGCUCCAUGUCACGAUCGAGGAAAUUGUCGAGACUACUCCUCUUUUCACGAAGCAGGAAGUUGCACUUGAAGUGGACAGUAUUGCCAAGAUGCCUACCACUCCUACAAGACGCAACGUCAAAGUCGAGGUGGACGUCAACUCUGAAGUAUUGACAGAUACUUCUCAUUCCCAAGUUGCAUUCAAGAUGGACGCUAUUGCUGAAAUGCCUCCAAUUGAUACGCAAAACAAUAUUGAAAUCAACAUGGGGGUAGUAUCCGAAAUUGACGCUAGGUCAACACAGCCCUCCAUCAAAUUGGAGAUGGGAAUGAGUGCUGGGUUGUCAGCGACUCCUACGCAGUCACUUGUCUUAGUUGAGAAGGAAGUCGGAGCUGAAGCCGUCCCUGCUUCGAUGAAGCCUCAAGUCGGGGUCUCGACCGUUGCUAAUGUUGCAAUGCCUCCCUCUUCGACACAAUUUCGCGCCAAAGAUGAUCCAGAAGGAAAGGUUUCCUCCGCUUCUACUCCCUUCACGACCAAGCAUGAGAGGACUGUGGAUGAUGAUACGCCUACAAAGCGUCUGCGGUAUCGAGGCACUAGGCAGCAGAAACUGGAUAAGCCACAAAGAGAUUUAUCCCAAGUUUCCACAUUCGCUUCCGUGAUCAACGUGAACUGGGCUGCGAGAAAGCUGCGGAGCGAGCCUAGAUUGCCAUGGUCUCCUGACUAUGCGACCCUAUCAGCCCAUCUGCGCUACAAGUUUGAGCCUUACACAUUGCGAGGGACCCGUCAGAAUAUCUCAGAUGCCGAACUAAUCCGACAUUGGCUUGAAAGACCCUUGGCUCGCACAGACGUAGACCAAGAAGGCUAUAUCUGCUUGUUCUGGCACCCCGGAAACUUUGGCUUUCUGAAGAUCGGGCGCACGAAUGAUAUCAACAAGCGUCUAAGAAAAUGGCAAAGUCAGUGCAAAAUCGAGGUCAAACAAGUCAUCGAACCCGAUCAAUCGAUACAGUCUCCUGUCCGGCAUCCAAUUCGUGUUGAACAACUGAUCCAUGCCGAACUCCACAGUUAUCGCCUGCAAGAACCGAAAUGUAUAGGAUGCUCGAAAAAGCACGUCGAAUGGUUCAAAGCGGACCCGGCCUUGGCGCUACGAGUGGUCAAGAAGUGGUCGCAUGUCCCAGUGCUGUACGAAGAGGGGCGCCUGAGUAAGUCUCUUACCGAGGUCGAGAUAAAGGCGCUAUGCCAGGUGACGACCUUGGAAAAGAUUGCUCGUACACCGUCAAAGCCAUCUCGCCGAUCGCUGGGGAGGCAUUCGGUUGUGGAAUACCCUAUGAUCAACCAUUUUUCAAUUGGUGAAGAUGGUGCCUUGGACGCUCCCGCUUGGAUGAAACCGCUUGCUACGUAA